AUGUCAGAUCUCAAUUUCAGUACUCAGUAUGAGCACUCUGUCGCUCAAAGCGGAGCCACAAGUCAAUCGAAUGACUUGAUCGACUUUGACGCGCUUUUUAGCUCAUUCAAACAACCACCAAGCCUAACCAACAGCCCUUUCUCAAUUACUUCAUCUUCCUCCUCCCCUCAACAACAACUUGUCACGCCUCAACUCCUACACUCUGAUACUAACGAUUUGUUGGGCGGCUUCCCCUUGUUUGGUGGGAGUGCAGAGGGCAUUGACCCUGAAACAGUUAAACACCCACCAGAACAUCCUAUCGACACUUCCGUAUUCGAUGGUUUUUCGUCCUUACUCAAAGAAGCCUCUGAACAGAACGAUCUUUACAAUAAACCAUCCGUCUCACCCCCUCCGUGUGACAAAUCACGCUCUUCAACCAUCCAGUCAAAGCGAUACAAGGUCGGAAUGUCGGAUCCAAUUCAACCCCGUAAAUACUCGUCAGCUAGUGCCACUUCACGUAAGAAGGUUCCUGCUGCUUUCGAAUCACGCGUAGAAGGCAACUCUAAGAAAAGAUCACGGGGCACUGUCGAUGAUGUUCCUUCAGACGUACAGGAUGCGAUUGAAUCAAAACGUAGACAAAAUACUUUGGCUGCGCGUAAAUCUAGGGAAAGGAAGAGGAAUGAGUUGUCUUAUCUUGAGUCGCAAGUUGAACAACUUGUUGAGAAGAAUGCCCAUCUUACUAGCCGCAUUGAAUGUGUCGCUGGGCUUGAAGAAGAGCUGCGCUUGGUAAGGCUGGAGAAUGAGGCUUUGAAGGGAGCUCUACAGCUUUAA